CACUAGCACACCAAUCGACGCAACAGGUCGGUUAUCGCACUAAUUAUCGCCUGUACGGUUAUCGCCUGUAAGAGGCACUCCGACUGUAGAAACCAUGGACGCGUACGCCGCCCCGGCUGGCGACGCCUUCCGCGCGCCCAAGUGCACGCCGGUGACGCUGUACCAGAGCGAGGAGAAGCCCCCCGCCGAGUCCGCGUCGUCCCAGCUCGCCGCCUGCGAAGGCUUCCUGGCGUAUGCGAUCAAGGGCGGCAAGAUCCGCGUCCUGGCUCGGGGGUCGGCAACUCGCACGCUGCUCCGCGGCCACUCCCAGCGCAUCGUCGACCUGGCCUUUGGCGGCGGCGCCGCCGGCGCCGCCGCGUCCCUCGCCUCGUGCUGCGCGGGCGGCCGCCUCUGCACUUGGACCGUGCGCGAGGGGCCCGGCGGCGACGAGGUCGCGCACGAGCGCGGACCGGAACUAGAAAUCGCGGGCGCGGUCCGCCUCGCGUGGCGCCCCGGCCCCGCGCCCCCCCCCGCCCUCGCGGUCGCGGGCGAGGCGGGGGCGGUCGUCGUCGCCGACGCGCGCGACGCGGCCUCGCUGAAGCAGCUCCCGCGGGGCGGCUCUAGUUGCCACGACGUCGGCUGGAGCGCCGACGGCGCGGCGCUCGCGACGGCGGCGGCCGACGGCCGCGUCCGCGUCUUCGACGACCGCCUGGAGCUCGUGGCGGACUUCGCGCCCGCCGGCGGCGCCCCCGUGCACGCCGUUGCGUUCCUCGCCGGCGACCGCCUCGCGACGGCCGUCGACGGCGGCGAGACGAUUAGCCUGUGGACGGUGGCGCCGGGCGACGCCCCGCGCCGCGACCACGCCCUGGCGCUCGCCCGGCCGCCCGCGAACACAAGACCCGCCCGCGCGCGCCGCGUCGCCGCGGCCGGCGGCGGCGCGUUCGUCCUGGUCACGGCGGCGGCCCCCGCGACGGACGCCGCCGCCGACGAGAGCGCCGGGGCGGCGCUCUACGUCGCGCACGUGGACGCGGAGACGAAUAAAAUCGACCACGUCGCGCCGUUCGCCGUGUCUCAGCCGGUCCUCUCGCUCGCCGCGCUCGACGCGGACCUCACGGACGACGCCAACGACGCCGAGGCCGACGCGGAGCCGGCGGGCUUCGAGAUACAGCUCUUCUGCGUCCAGACUCGCGCGAUUCAGCAGUACUUUCUCCGUCCGUCCGCCCUGUACCCCGCCACGACGGCGCCCGCCACGACGGCGCCCGCCACGGCGGCGGCGGCGGCGCCCGCCACGGAGGACCCGCCAGCGCGCCAGCGUGCGACCGGUCGCCCCCUCGCCGUGAUAUUUUGAUUUCCGCACAGGCUGCAGAAGUUCGCGGCGCUCCAUCUCUCGCCGGAGCCGCGGCCGACGCCCGCCGCGCCCGCGCCGCCGCCGGCGCCCGCGGCGCUCGCGUUUGACGUAGCCGCCGCGCCCACGCCGCCCCCGGCGCCAGCGGCGCUCGCGUUUGACGUGGCCGCGUUCGCCGCCGAAGCAAAGGCCGAAGCGGCCGCUGCGGCGGUGUCCGCCGUACGCACCGUCACCGCCACCGUCACGCAGCUCGUCGACGCGUCGCUGGCGCGCGCGGCAGCGGCGCAAGAAGCAUCGACGCGCUCGAUCGCGACGCAGCUAGACCGCAUCUCUGCGGCAGACGCGGACGCCCCGCGUGCCCGCGCCGCGGCGAUGCGGUUGGGGGCCAUGGAGGGCUCGGGGGUCGCCAUCAAGCAGGUGCUGCCCGAGGUGCUCGCGCGCGUCGACGCCCUGGAGAAGAAGAUAGACGUGCGCGUCGACGCCCUGGAGAAGAAGAUAGACGUGCGCGUCGACGCCCUAGAGAAGAAGAUAGACGCCAUUCUGGCCGCAACCGCUUCGGCUCCACCCGCUUCGGCCGCCACCGCUUCGGAGCCACCGGCCGCAACUUCCUCUACCGAUGUGCGCACGCGGUGCCGAAUGCUCGCUAGCAGUGGCGACUACGACAGCGCGGUGUAUCGGGCCGUCGAGCAGUCAGACGUCGACGUUCUCUUGUAUGCGUUAGAUGCCGUCGGCAUCGACAAGGUUCGAACGAUGUCGCCUUUGCCGUUCGGACAGCUUACCUUGCUCUGCCUUGUUCAACAACUCGGGACAACACUGGCUCGGGACGACGCGGUUGAUUUCAAGCUCGAAUGGCUCCAGCUAGCUGUGCUCGGCCUCGACGCGUCCAACCCACGCAUCGCGGACCACGUGCCGGCAGUCUUACUGCAGGUCAAAGCCUGCAUGGAAGGGCUCCCUGCAGCCGUAACGGCGAGGCACCGCGAGCGCAUCUCGCUGCUCGUCCACGUGUGCCAGUCGAUCGGGUCGUCCGCCACGCGCCGGGCCUGACUUCUGCCACCCCCUACCCAUAGUUCUAGAUGCACUUACUAGUUGAGGGCCCCA